AUGACUCCCUCAGAAGCACCCGAAGAUGUCGCGGCCCUGUCCGAAAGCACAUACGAAUUCAUCAAUACAGACGACGAGAGCCAGGAUGGCCGUGGCACCGAGGCCGAGUCUCUGAGCUCUUUCGACUAUGCCCGGCCCGACGACGUUCACAGCCUCGCUGGCACUGAGCAUACAGAGGACAUGACAAACCAGUCCGAUACGGACUCGCAAGACUCAGAGGACGCUGCGCAGGACAGGUCUCGAGCGUCAUCUAUCCAAUACGCUGAGGAGAGCCUCCUCCACCCGUCUUCCCGUGUCGCGACGCCGCCCUUGGGGUCCGACAGUUCUCUGGACAUCAGCCAGCAUACCCCGCUGGUCCAGUCCAUCGAAUUUGACGAGACGCAAGACCCAGUCUACUUCAAGCAGGUCUUUACCGAGGAGCAGUCAACCUCCAUCGCCAAGACCCUCAACUUCCCAGACCAGAACAAGCGUCUCAUCGCAGCAGUCCGUCAAACCAUGGCGUCACACUGUCUGGCGACCAAGGAACCGCUCCGAAUCAUGUACACGGGCAGCCAUGCAGCUAGGCAUGAUAUCAUAUACAAGAUUUCCUCGGCCUUCACAGCAUCUGCAUCUGCGGAUGGAUGCGGCAUCAGUGAAGACGCUGGCAUCUACAACGUUGUGCCUAUAUCAUCUCUUGGGUCUCCCAAAGUCCCCGAAGUCGAGCUGAUGAAGACUUCACAAUACCAAAUCAAGGUCGAGAAUUGCACGGCUGCGAAGGAGGUUGUCUACCAAGGCGAACGUUUCCUGGGUGAGACUGUCUAUCACAUCACGGUGGACGGUGAUCGGACUUUCCAGUCUGCUUUUGCGCCCAGCGGAUCUACUAUCGAGCCUUCAUGGACGUUGCCUCAUGUCGCCAUCUUCUACGUCACAGAGAAUGAUGAUGAGGCUGCUAGAAGUACCCGGAUUGCUGCAUGGAACUUCAUGCAAAGGCACGCUGUGCCCAGCAUCUUCAUCUCUAACGACGAGGUCUACCAUCAACCUACUGCAAUGUGGGACGAUAUGAUCAACCAGCACGCUAUUCACAUCUGUGUGGAGUCGUUUGACCGCGCCAUGCCUUCUAUUAAGCUCCCAAUCGACCUGACCUCAUUCCUCAACAUUGAUGCUCGCCAGAUGAAUCGGAACCUGGCCUAUCUGACCGGCCUAUACGUUCAUGUAGACUGGAGGAAGGGCCAGUGCGACUCUAAUCACAUGAGCAAGACUAUUCGUCAUGCUUGGCACCGCGCUGUUGAGGCCGUGGAAGAUAUCGACCUAUGGGUCGUGGGCCAGACUGCGUUUCUUGUCUUCAGCGUCAUCGCCACAGCGCUGCUCUCCAAUUACUUCUUGGCAGGAGUUUCAAACACACCGGCACUUUCUACAGUCUCUUCUACCACAGCAAGCACACUGUCACCCUUGACUUCGACAGUACUGUCGACUUCGACUUCGACGAUCAACCUAUCCACCGCAACGAUUCGGGUGGCUCAAAAAGCGUCGGCAACUAGCAACACGGCUGUUGCACCGUUCGCAGAGUUUGCCGACUUCAUUGCAGAUAAAUUUCCCGACAAAGCCUACGUGUGCUCGGCGGAGAAGGUCAGCCGCAAUGAGAUUCUGAUCAAGAUUCCCUCCGGCACGAAAACAUCAUGGCUUGCCAAAGAUUCGAUCACCAUCGAUGUCCUCAAGGGCGAGAGGUCUAUUAAGACCAGAUUCUCUUCGACCGACGAGGGAAUCUUGAUUGAAAUCCCAAAGUCAGAAGCGCAUGGCAUUCUCACUAUUGCCGUAAAUACAACCCGAAAGCCCAAGGUCAAUGAGACCUUUGUGGUCGAUCUUGGAAAAACCGUCCUCGAGCGUUACCUUGGAUAUGGCAAGGCGGUUGCUUCCCACGUCCUUGAUACAGCAAACAGUGUCGCACAUCAGGCAGAAGAACGAGCCUUUGACCUCUCAAGCUUCAACCUCCUGAGCUUGGACUCCAUCGUAGCGGAUGCCAGAGGAUUGUCUACCCGCAUCACCGCGAGGGCUGCGAACGCUGCGAAUGCUAUUGCCAAGGGAUCUACAGAGCUGUCUGAGAACCUGAAGAGCCUGAGAAAUCCGCGGCGGUUGCAAGAAUUCAAAGACCGAGCGAACAUUGUCCUCACGAAGGCCCAGCUCCAAUCUCGGCUCCUGGCGUUGAAGGUCUUGCAAAAGACGGAAGAGCACAAGGUCUACUUGGACAAGGCUAAGAAGCACAUGGAAAAGCUGCGGUCGACAGCGACGGAGGCCCAUAACCAACGCCUGGAUAAGGAGAAGAAGGAGAUGCGAGCUCGUCGGAAGAGAGAGCGCCUGGCGGCUAGAUGCCAAACGGGCACCGGCUUUUCUAGAUGGACGCAGCAGUGCAGACAGCAAGGAUGA